GACACGGAAGCUGUUCUAAUACAUAACUAACGUUACCCACAUAUCUCGUUUACAGAUGACAGCGGUUCGUAUUAUAAUUUGAAUAGCCUAGUAAAGCACUCCGCUGCGUUUUUUUUCUUCAUUUCACCUCUGUCAGCUGUCAUACGGGUGCUAAUAGUCAUGAGGACGAAGUGAUGCUUUUAUAUUUAUGGCGGAGCCGGUUAGGAAAGUCACAUUGUUGCUACCCUGUACCCUCUUCUCGUCUCAUUCAGUGAAGCGGAUCAUUCAUAUCAUUACCUCCUAUACCUUUGAUGUGGGUUUUAUCAUGAGUUAGAGGACUACACACAUUGAGGGUGAUUUAUCAUCGGACACAACCACUCAACCAACCAACCACCCAACAACACAACCAACCACUCAACCAACCACAAGAGCACUCACUCUGCGCAGCUCCCACUGCAGUCGCAGGCAACCUCCCUCCUCUCCGUUCUGUCCUCAUUUCUCUCUCUCACACACGAUGCGGCUCCGCGGCACUGGCAGCCUGGGCUCUCACUCUCCUCUCUCAUCACCGAAGGAGUAAUGAAGAGGACCACCAUGUAGACCGAAUGCAGACAUUGACAGACUGCAGACGGAUAUAGAAGAUAGAAGAAGCAGAAUGGGAACAUGCAUCUGGAGCGGCUCCCGAUUGACCCACAGUAACAGAAGACCAGAAGGGAUCGUUAUUCUCCUGUGGACGUACGUCGCUCUUCUCGUUGCCUCUCUCGCUGCUGGUCUCACUGGUCUAGCUGGCUUCCUUUAGUGUUCUCUGGAUGGUCGUACGGUCUUCUCUCCACACUGUCGCUGAUUGACUGGGAUCUCAGCCUGUCUCUAUCUCAAAGUGACAACAGGAUUUAGCUCUCCCUCUUGUCUGUCGGUGGGCGCUGCAGCAUCUGUCUCUCUCUCUCUCUCUCUCUCUCUCUCUCUCUCUCUCUCUCUCUCUCUCUCUCUCUCUCUCUCUCUCUCUCUCUCUCUCUCUCAACCCACACAACCCCCUCGUAAAGCUUUGUCUGAGGUUUGUACUCCUCCUUCGUCGAGUUACUGAGCAAUACUAGCUAGUCAGUCAUUUUACAUUACAUUUAAGUCAUUUAGCAGACGCUCUUAUCCAGAGCGACUUACAAAUUGCAGUGCAUCAUGGGGGACCUGACCAACAGUGAUUAUUACUCCAAGAACCAAAGAAACGAUGUCAGCAGUAACCACGAGGGGGGCUUUGGGGUCUCGGUCAUGGAGCUGCGUGAACUCAUGGAGCUGAGAGGCAGCGAGGCGGUGGUUAAGAUCCAGGAGGAGUACGGGGACAUGGACGGGCUCUGUCAACGGCUCAGAACAUCACCCACAGAAGGCUUAACAGGAGAUGACCUAGAUAAGAGGAAAGAAGUCUAUGGGGAAAACCUUAUACCUCCGAAGAAGCCAAAGACCUUCCUCCAGUUAGUAUGGGAGGCCCUGCAGGACGUGACUCUGAUCAUCUUGGAGGUGGCUGCCCUGAUCUCUCUGGGACUGUCCUUCUAUCAGCCUCCGGGAGGGGACAGCGGAGAAUCCUGUGGGACAGCAGCGGCGGGUGCAGAGGAUGAGGGUGAGGCCGAGGCCGGCUGGAUAGAGGGAGCAGCUAUCUUGCUGUCUGUCGUGUGUGUGGUUCUGGUGACGGCCUUCAACGACUGGAGCAAGGAGAAGCAGUUCAGAGGGCUGCAGAGCCGCAUCGAGCAGGAGCAGAAGUUCCAGGUGGUCCGAGGUGCUCAGGUCAUCCAGCUCCCGGUCGCUGACAUCGUGGUCGGGGACAUCGCACAAAUCAAGUAUGGUGACCUGCUUCCAACGGAUGGAGUGUUGAUACAGGGGAACGACCUGAAGAUAGACGAGAGUUCGCUAACAGGAGAGUCGGAUCACGUCAAGAAAGCAGCUGACAGAGACCCGAUGCUGCUGUCUGGUACCCAUGUGAUGGAGGGUUCCGGCAGGAUGCUGGUAACAGCUGUAGGGGUCAACUCUCAGACCGGCAUCAUCUUUACUCUGCUGGGGGCCGGAGAGCCAGGGGAGGAGGAGAAGAAGGAGAAGAAAGGUAAAAUACAGGAUGACAAUAUGGAGAACAACCAGACUAAAGUGAAGAAACAGGACGGAGCGGCUGCCAUGGAAAUGCAGCCUCUGAAGAGCGCCGAGGGAGGAGAGAUGGAGGAGAAGGAGGAGAAGAAGAAAGCAAACGUCUCCAAGAAGGAGAAGUCUGUCCUCCAGGGGAAACUGACCAAGCUGGCUGUUCAGAUUGGCAAAGCAGGUCUGGUGAUGUCAGCCAUCACAGUGAUCAUCCUGGUGCUGUACUUCGCUGUGGACAACUUUGUCCUGCAGAAGAGGCCGUGGCUGACGGAGUGCACCCCCAUCUACGUCCAGUACUUCGUCAAGUUCUUCAUCAUCGGUGUCACCGUGCUGGUGGUGGCUGUACCCGAGGGGCUGCCCCUGGCCGUCACCAUCUCCCUGGCCUACUCUGUCAAGAAAAUGAUGAAAGAUAAUAACCUGGUUCGCCACCUGGAUGCGUGUGAGACGAUGGGUAACGCCACGGCCAUCUGCUCCGACAAGACCGGCACGUUGACCACCAACCGUAUGACUGCCGUGGCGUGCUACGUGGGGGAUGUCCACUACAAGGAGAUACCAGACCCUGGACUUCUGUCUGUUAAGUCUCUGGAUAUCCUUGUCAACGCCAUCUCCCUCAACAGCGCGUACACCACCAAGAUACUGCCUGCCACCAAGGAGGGUGGUCUGCCCAUGCAGGUGGGCAACAAGACAGAGUGUGGCCUGCUUGGCCUGGUGCUGGACCUGAAGAGAGACUACCAACCCGUCCGCAACCAGAUCCCAGAGGAGAAACUCUACAAGGUGUACACCUUUAACUCGGUCAGGAAGUCCAUGUCCACGGUCAUCAAACUACCAGACGGCUCCUUCAGGAUGUACAGCAAAGGAGCCUCCGAGAUCGUCCUCAAGAAGUGCACUAAGAUCCUGAACCAGGAAGGUGAGCCGCGGGUGUUCCGUCCCCGGGACAAGGACGAGAUGGUGAAGAAGGUGAUCGAGCCGAUGGCGUGUGACGGGCUGCGGACCAUCUGCGUGGCGUACCGUGACUUCCCUGGCGACCCAGAACCCCUCUGGGACAACGAGAACGACAUCCUCAAUGAGCUGACGGCAGUCUGCGUGGUCGGCAUAGAGGACCCUGUCAGGCCAGAGGUGCCUUCUGCUAUUGUGCGGUGCCAGCGUGCGGGCAUCACGGUGCGCAUGGUGACAGGUGACAACAUCAACACGGCCAGGGCCAUCGCCAUCAAGUGUGGCAUCAUCCACCCCGGAGAAGAUUUCCUGUGUAUCGACGGCAAGGAGUUCAAUAGGAGGAUCCGCAACGAGAAGGGAGAGGUUGAGCAGGAGCGCAUGGACAAAGUGUGGCCUAAACUGCGAGUCCUGGCUAGAUCCUCCCCUACUGAUAAACACACACUGGUUAAAGGCAUCAUAGACAGCUGCUUGACAGACCAGAGACAGGUUGUUGCGGUGACAGGAGACGGGACUAACGAUGGACCAGCCCUGAAGAAGGCUGACGUGGGAUUUGCCAUGGGUAUAGCCGGUACAGACGUGGCCAAGGAGGCGUCUGACAUCAUACUAACGGACGAUAACUUCAGUAGCAUAGUGAAGGCUGUGAUGUGGGGGAGGAACGUCUACGACAGCAUCUCCAAGUUCCUCCAGUUCCAGCUGACUGUCAACGUGGUGGCUGUCAUAGUGGCCUUCACUGGGGCCUGCAUCACACAGGAUUCUCCCCUGAAGGCGGUCCAGAUGCUGUGGGUGAACUUGAUAAUGGACACCUUUGCGUCCUUGGCGCUGGCGACGGAGCCCCCCACCGAGGCCCUGCUGAUGAGGAAGCCGUACGGCCGCAACAAACCACUGAUCUCCAGCACCAUGACCAAGAACAUCCUGGGACACGGCAUCUAUCAGCUGGUCAUCAUCUUCUCCCUGCUGUUCAUCGGUGAGCAGAUAUUUGACAUAGACAGCGGUCGUCACGCUCCGCUCCACUCCCCUCCGUCAGAACACUACACCAUCAUUUUCAACACCUUCGUCCUCAUGCAGCUUUUCAACGAGAUCAACGCCAGGAAGAUCCACGGAGAGAGGAACGUCUUCGACGGAAUCUUCAGGAACCCCAUCUUCUGUUCCAUCGUCUUUGGAACAUUCGCCAUCCAGAUUGUGAUCGUGCAGUUUGGAGGGAAGCCGUUCAGUUGUACUCCUCUGGAUUUGGAAAAGUGGGGAUGGUGCACCUUCCUGGGUCUAGGAGAGUUGGUCUGGGGACAGGUGAUCGCCACUAUCCCUAACAGCAAGCUGCGGUUCCUGCGAGGGGCGGGUCAGCUGACCAAGAAGAACGAAAUGCCUGGGGACGAGGACAUGAAUGAGGACAACGAGGAGAUCGACCACGCGGAGAGAGAGCUGCGACGCGGUCAGGUCCUCUGGUUCAGGGGGCUCAACCGCAUUCAGACUCAGAUCGAUGUGGUGAACACGUUCAAGAGCGGCAGCUCCUAUCAGGGCCAGCUACGGAGACAGUCCUCCACCACCAGUCAGAACCAGGAUGUAACCAAUGUUUCUAGUCCCAGUCACAUUCGCGUCGUGAACGCAUUCCGUAGCUCCCUCUACGAAGGCCUUGAGAAACCAGACUCUAGACCGUCCAUCCAUAACUUCAUGACCCACCCAGAGUUUAGGAUAGAAGACACCACGCCUCACAUCCCCCUGAUAGACGACACUGACCUGGAAGAGGACCCUGCGUUGAGGAUGAUCCCUCAGUCCCAGACAGGCAGCCAGCCCCAGUCCCCCAACAAGAAAAACAACGCCGUUGACAGCGGCAUCAACCUCACCAUCGACACCACCAGUAAAUCAGCUGCAUCCUCCGGCCCAGCCAGCCCACUGCACAGUCUGGAGACCUCCCUCUAGUGGCCAGCCGACUGCACAGUCUGGAGACCUCCCUCUAGUGGCCAGCCCACUGCACAGUCUGGAGACCUCCCUCUAGUGGCCAGCCCACUGCACAGUCUGGAGACCUCCCUCUAGUGGCCUGCAGCUGGCUGGUGACGACCUCAUCUGCAACCUUGGAGACACCAGCCCACUGCACAGUCUGGAGACCUCCCUCUAGUGGCCUGCAGCUGGCUGGUGACGACCUCAUCUGCAACCUUGGAGACACCAGCCCACUGCACAGUCUGGAGACCUCCCUCUAGUGGCCUGCAGCUGGCUGGUGACGACCUCAUCUGCAACCUUGGAGACACCAGCCCACUGCAGCCCUUGGAGACCUCUAGCAAACACCUUCUGACAGCCUGGCUGGUGGAGACCUCCGUCUGCAAUCUGGAGACCUCCUUCACUGCCAUUUGGAGACCUUUCCCUACUGCAAUAUAGAGCUUUCUCUACUGCAAUAUAGAGCUUUCUCUACUGCAAUAUAGAGACCUUUCUCUACUGCAAUAUGGAGACCUUUCUCUACUGCAAUAUAGAGACCUUUACCUACUGCAAUAUAGAGUCCUUUCUCUACUGCAAUAUAGAAACCUUUCUCUACUGCAAUAUAGAGACCUUUCUCUACUGCAAUAUAGAGACCUUUCUCUACUGCAAUAUAGAGACCUUUCUCUACUGCAAUAUAGAGACCUUUCUCUACUGCAAUAUAGAGACCUUUCUCUACUGCAAUAUAGAGAGCUUUCUCUUGAGGCCUGGUGGAGAUAUCUACUGCAGCCUGGUGGCUCCCACACUGCAGGUUGGAGACUUCUGUCUUUCAGUCUCUUGGAUACCUCCUUUGUCUGCAGUUUGGAGACCUUCCUCUUGCCUCAGUCUGUCUCCUGCAAUCUCUCCUCCUGUACCUGGAGAAAACAUCAUACCACACAUACAAUCAGAAAGCACAACAAAGCCAACACACAGGACAUGUGUGUGUACUGUGUGUGUGUCUGUGUGUGUGUGCGCAAGCUGCUGACUGACUGAACCAUGUUUCUAGCAGCAGUGAAGAGGAGAACCAGAAAGUGAUUGAAAAGACGGCAUAAACUUACAACCCACUCCUCUCUCCGUCCUCACAUUAACAAUGACUGUUUCUCCUAAUAGAUUCAAUUAAAAACAUUUAUUAUUGCUCCUGCAUGAAUGUACAUUAUCCAAUGUUUUUAUUUAAAUAGUUUUUUAAUUUGAUUGGGUGGGUGAGAAGUGGAUUGCUUCUUUAAGGCAGCUUUAUUCCGAUCGUUGGUCUGCGAGUUCUUUAAGUGUAAAAAUGUAUUUGGUUUAUAAAAAUGAGACGUGUGUCAAGGCCGUAGGACUCAACAAGCACAGUAGAUUUACACCUGUUGGAAAAGAGGAACCCAUAAAUAAAUAACAUUUCUUAAACUUAUGAUAUAUAUAUAUAUAUACAGAGUUUAUCUUAAUUUGUUGGCAUGUUGCCUUGUAUCUGCUUCGAUGGCUCUAACUACUUUUAACUUAUUUAUGUCCUUAAGAGAAUGUCAUUGGUUUACAACACCCGUAGGUACUUCCUGGUUGAUUUGUAGGGUUCCAAACCAUUCAGCAGAUGUCGUUGGGGAAAAAAAAAACGCAAGUUGUUUGAGUUCUUCUCAUUGGUGUUUAUAAUAUAACGUGUACUGAACUUGCCUGCUAUCAAAUACUGUAGAUAUUUUUUAGAGGAUAACAAAAGAAAACCAAAAUAUUAUGGGAUGUAAUAAUUCAUGUUAGUUAAUAUUAUAUGAUUGUUGGGAUGAACUUUGAACCUUUGUUUCCAAACAGAGAUGUUAAUAAGACCAAAAGGUUUUAUUUCUUUAAUUACAAUUUUUCUUAUUUUUGCGUUCAAAGCUUGAAAUGUAACUUAAAUUGAGACUUACUCUGAGCUGAGAGGCCGAACAGGCUUUCUAUAACGGACAUGUCUCCUAUAUAAAAACUGCUAGUUUUAAGGAUUUUUACAUUUUAUUUUGUGUGACCAUCAAAGGCUGCAAUGGAUUUAUAUUAGAAAUUGCAAACUAUAUUUGGUUUAUCUGUAUAGAAAAAUCUAAAAGUUGUGUUGAAAAUCUUGUGAUAUAAUGUGUCGAUUGAUUGUUUUAUUAUUUUAUUGAUUUCUUGUUUUCCUUUUGAAAAAUAAUAAGAAAAAACAACACACGGCGAUCCAAAGCUAUUGGCAUUUUGAACGAGUAAAAAAAAUAUAUAAAAAAAUUAACUAGUGAUGCUUCAACUCUUUAUCAACAACAAAAAAAAAAAUAUAAAAAAAAAAUAAUAAUUCCUCACUAUCAGGAUAUGAAUGAAAUCCCUUUUUGGUGUGCUUUUAGAUGUGUUUCUGUGGUGUUUUAACCAAGCUUGUCUUCCUGCCUUCACCGAGUCAACUCUAGCAUCUCAACACUAUUCACUUAGUUGUUAGAACUAUUUAUUGUGCUUUAAAAAACAUUUUUUAAAGGAUGUGGGAGAUUACAAAAGUCUGCACACUUAACUUACUAGAUAUCAAAAGGCACAGAGGCGUUCAUAGCACACAUUCUUGUGUUAUUGUAAUAUUCCUACAACCAAUUGGAGUCAUUGAAAAGCAUGAUGAAAUAUGCUCAAUAUGCAAGUUGAACCAAUCCCAAUCGUUCUACUCUAAAUGACUCCUGUGGUAAUUAUACGUUGACCUGAUUUCUCUUUUAUUAAACUAAUUCUGCCGUCGGAUUCGGAGAGGGUGCACAAGCUUUCAACACUUAGCUCAGGCCUGUUGAACAAGCUAAGGACUGGUUGUUGUUGUUGUUGUUGUUGUUGUUGAAACAGCUCUAUUUUCAUUCAGAAAUGGUCUAUCUUGACUUCUGCAGUUGCUUUUUAAAACCGCUUGAUUUUUUAUUUUGUGUAUUUAUUUAUUUUCUCCUUCGGGUAAAACAUUUAUUAUUUUAUUUUUUAACAUCACAUCUAUACAUUCAAGCUAUACGUUCAGCUUUCAGGGGAUGCAACAGUGUGUUCCAUGUACAUGUCUUCUAAGAGGAAUGUCUUCUAGGAGGAAUGUCUUCUAGGAGGAAUGUCUUCUAGGAGGAAUGUCUUCUAGGAGGAAUGUCUUCUAGGAGGAAUGUCUUCUAGGAGGAAUGUCUUCUAGGAGGAAUGUCUUCUAGGAAUGUCUUCUAGGAGGAAUGUCUUCUAGGAGGAAUGUCUUCUAGGAGGAAUGUCUUCUAAGAGGAAUGUCUUCUAAGAGGAAUGUCUUCUAGGAGGAAUGUCUUCUAGGAGGAAUGUCUUCUAAGAGGAAUGUCUUCUAGGAGGAAUGUCUUCUAGGAGGAAUGUCUUCUAGGAGGAAUGUCUUCUAAGAGGACAUACACACAACGGUCCAUCCGUCCAGGCUAGUGGGCUGUACUUUACUAAACUCUGCUUGUACUCUAAGCAAUUCCUCCAUAGCAGAAUUCAUUACUGAUCAUGAGCCCCCCGUAUUCACAAAGCAACUCAGGUCUAGGAUCAGCCCCCCCCCCCACCUACUCCCCUCAAACGGAUACUAGAUUACAUCUCCUGUUCUGAGACACUUUGUGAAUAUGGUCCCUGAGCCAUUCUAGUCUCAACCAGACCACCAGGCCCUGUAUUCAUAACGUUUAUCAUAGUAUGAGUUCUGAUCUAGGAUCAGUUUGACCUUUUUUAGAUAAGAUUAUUAUAGAAAAAUGGGUGGGGGGGGGGCUGAUCCUAGACCAGCAAUCCUACUCUGAAUACAGGCUCAGACCUCAGUCUGUUCAUCAUGUCAACAUACACACGCUUCACGAAACACAUCCAACUAAAGUUAUAAAUAAUAAUAAUGAUCCUAAUAAGGAGGACACUUCUUGCAAUAUGUCACCUGCCUCUGUGUACUUUACCUAGCAGCCAUUUUUUUUUUUUUUGUGGAAUAAAGAAAGCGUCAAAAUGCCACCGGUGAAAUGUGGCGUUCUGGCCGAUUUGAUGAGUAUAAAUGAUAAGUUUCUUUCCCGGCAUCCUACAUCUUGUUUUUAAUGAAUUGUUUUAUCUAUACAAUAAUUGUAAAUAAAGAACUCAAUGUUUUUUGUUCAUUUAAUACUAUGCAAAAAGUCAGUAAAAAGAAAUGUGAUGUAAAUUAUUUUCUAGCUUGACGAACGUUAUACGAACUGUGACUCUUGUUGCUGGUUGACUGUCCGUUACCACGACUCCCAAGACAGGAGCAAAGCGCAAGUGAAGAAGAAAUUAACAAUGAAAAAAAGCACUAAAUAAAUUUCUAGAGCAGCAUGAA